AUGGUCCACAUCUCCAUAUCCCUGUCCCCCAUCCUGCUGGGCCCUGGCUGGGAAGGCCAACUUUCUCUCUUUGCAGGAACGGUGCCAUCGGAGACCCCAAGUGUCUGUGCCUCAGACCCGUGCGCUCCAGGGGCCGAGUGCCAGGCUAUGGAGAAUGGUGGCUACACCUGUGGGCCCACGGAGCCCCGGGGCUGUGCCAGCCAGCCAUGCCACCAUGGUGCUCUGUGUGUGCCCCAGGGCCCAGAUCCCAAUGGCUUCCGCUGCUACUGCGUGCCCGGAUUCCAGGGCCCACGCUGUGAGCUGGACAUUGACGAGUGUGCAUCCCGGCCCUGCCACCACGGGGCUACCUGUCGCAACCUGGCUGAUCGCUAUGAGUGCCACUGCCCCCUUGGCUAUGCAGGGGUGACCUGCGAGACGGAGGUGGACGAGUGUGCCUCGGGGCCCUGCCUGCAUGGGGGCUCGUGCCUGGACGGCGUGGGCUCCUACCGCUGCGUGUGCGCGCCGGGCUACGGGGGCGCGAGCUGCCAGCUGGACCUGGACGAGUGCCAGAGCCAGCCGUGCGCGCACGGGGGCCGGUGCCACGACCUGGUCAACGGGUUCCGGUGCGACUGCGCGGACACGGGCUACGAGGGCGCGCGCUGCGAGCAGGAGGUUCUGGAGUGCGCGUCGGCUCCCUGCGCGAACAACGCGUCCUGCCUCGAGGGCCUCGGGACCUUCCGCUGCCUCUGCUGGCCAGGCUACAGUGGCCAGCGGUGCGAGGUGGACGAGGACGAGUGUGCGUCGGGCCCCUGCCGGCAUGGGGGACAGUGCCUGCAGCGCUCAGACCCAGCCCUCUACGGAGGCGUCCAGGCUGCCUUCCCCGGCACCUUCAGCUUCCGUCACGCUGAGGGUUUCCUAUGCCGCUGCCCUCCGGGCUUUGAGGGGGACGAAUGUGACGUGGAUGUGGACGAGUGUGCCUCACGGCCAUGCCUCAGUGGAGGCCGCUGCCAGGACCUGCCCAAUGGCUUCCAGUGCCACUGUCCGGAUGGCUACACAGGCCUGACGUGUCAGGAAGAUGUGGACGAAUGCCUGUCGGAGCCCUGCCUCCAUGGCGGGACCUGUGAUAACACCGUGGCAGGCUAUACCUGCUGGUGCCCGGAGACCUGGGGCGGGCACGACUGCUCUGUGCGGCUCACCGGCUGCCAGGGCCACACUUGCCCACCUGCUGCCACCUGCAUCCCCAUCUUCAAGUCUGGGCUCCAUAGCUAUGCCUGCCGCUGCCCACCUGGUACCCACGGACCUUUUUGUGGCCAGAACACCACCUUCUCUGUGGUGGCUGGGAGCCCUGUGCGGGCCUCGGUGCCAGCUGGAGGUCCCCCGGGUCUGGCACUGAGGUUUCGCACCACACUACCUGCCGGUGCCUUGGCCACUCGCACUGACACUCAGGACAGCUUGGAGCUGGCACUGGCGGGGGGCACGCUUCAGGCCACACUCUGGAGCCAUGGCAACGCCACCGUGCUUCCCCUGGGGCCGCUGGACCUGGCCCUAAAUGAUGGCCACUGGCACCAAGCCGAGAUUUCGCUCCGCCCGGGGGUCCUGGAGCUGCGGCUCUGGCAUGAGGACUGCCCUGCCCGGCUGUGUGUGGCUUCCAGUCCUGUGGCCCCAGCUCCUGUGGCUUCCGCGGCCCCGACGCCUGCCAGGUUCUGCUCCGCCCAGCUGGGUGGCACAGCCUUCGAAGGCUGCCUCCAGGACGUGCGUGUGGACGGUCACCUCCUGCUGCCUGAGGAUCUCGGCAAGAAUGUCCUCCUGGGCUGCGAGCGCCGUGAACAGUGUCAGCCUCCGCCUUGUGCCCAUGGAGGGGCCUGCGUGGACCUGUGGACUCACUUCCACUGCAAAUGCCCCCGGCCCUACAGUGGUCCUACAUGUGCUGAUGAGGUUCCUGCUGCCACCUUUGGCUUGGGGGGCACCCUGAGCUCUGCCUCCUUCUUGCUCCACCAGCUGCCAGGCCCCAACCUCACCGUGUCCUUCCUCCUCCGUACUCGGGAACCUGCUGGCCUGCUGCUCCAACUUGCCAAUGACUCAGUAGCUGGGCUAACAGUAUUCCUGAGCAAGGGCCAGAUCCAGGCUGAGGUGCUGGGCGGGCCCGCUCUGGUGCUCCCUGGGCGCUGGGAUGAUGGGCUCCGCCACCUGGUGACGCUCAGCUUCGGGCCUGACCAGCUGCAGGGCUUGGGGCAGGAGGUGCACGUGGGUGGGAGGCUCCUCCCUGCGGACGCCCAGCCCUGGGGUGGGCCCUUCCGAGGCUGCCUCCAGGACCUGCGACUCAAUGGCCUCCACCUCCCAUUCUUUACGCCGCUGCCGGGGAACUCAAGCCAGCCCGGUGAGCUGGGCAGCAGGCAGUCCCGGAACCUCACCAUGGGCUGCGUCUCCGAGGACACAUGCAGUCCUGACCCCUGUCUCAAUGGUGGAAUGUGUCUCGUCACCUGGAAUGACUUCCACUGCACCUGCCCUGUCAACUUCACGGGGCCAACAUGUGCCCAGCAGCUGUGGUGUCCUGGCCAGCCCUGCCUCCCGCCUGCCACCUGCGAGGAGGUCCCCGAUGGCUUUGUCUGUGUGGCCGAAGCCACGUUCCGCGAGGGCCCCGCCGUCGCUUUCAGCGGGCACAACGCGUCGUCGGGGCGCUUGCUCAGCGGCCUCUCGCUGGCCUUCCGCACGCGUGACUCCGAGGCCGCUCUGCUGCGCGCCGCCGCGGGCAAGAGCCUGCCGCUGCCACUGCCGUUCCCACUGCUGGAGGUGGCGGUGCCCGCGGCCUGCGCCUGCCUCCUCCUCCUCCUCCUGGGCCUCCUCUCAGGGAUCCUGGUGGCCAGGAAGCGCCGCCAGUCAGAGGGCACCUACAGCCCGAGCCAGCAGGAGGUGGCUGGGGCCCGGCUGGAGAUGGACAGUGUCCUCAAGGUGCCGCCUGAGGAGAGACUCAUCUAG